AUGGAAAGCCAAGACCUACCAAACCCUUCACCACCGUCAUUGUUGUUGCCUCCACAAAACUCUCCUCUCUUCCUCUUCACUCCCUCAUCGAUGAUGCAAAACCCUUUGGACCCUCAAGGCCUUCAUGAUGAUGACAUUGAUUGGGCUAACCUUUUCUCUACCCAAAACAACUUGCUUGGAGAUACCAAAGCAAAGAUGGAUUGCGCUUCUUCUUCUACUUCUUCUUCUUCUUUGUCUUCAUCGUGUUCUUUGAUGGCUGAAAAAGGGGCUCAUGUUGUGGAGGAGAAGGACAAUAAGGAGAAACGAAAAGGAGGUAGAAAGAAGAAGACAACGAGACCAAGGUUUGCGUUUCAGACAAGAAGUGAAGAUGAUAUUCUUGAUGAUGGUUACCGUUGGAGGAAAUAUGGACAGAAAGCUGUGAAGAACAGCAUAUAUCCCAGAAGCUACUACCGCUGCACGCAUCACACAUGCAAUGUAAAGAAACAGGUGCAAAGGUUAUCCAAAGACACAAGCAUCGUGGUGACAACUUACGAGGGAAUUCACAACCACCCAUGCGAGAAGCUUAUGGAAACCCUAACGCCUCUUCUGAAGCAAAUGCAGUUUCUCUCUAGAUUCUAA